CCUCAGGACGUGUCGGACUUCAAGUGUGAGGGGGGGAAGAAACCCAUCUACAACCCCCCUAAGCCUGUCAUAGGUGUCAUAGGAGCAGCGUCUUCGUCCGUGUCUGUCAUGAUCGCCAACAUCCUUAGGCUCUUCAAGAUCCCGCAGAUCAGCUACGCCUCGACGUCAACAGAGCUCUCGGACAAGGCGCGGUUCGAGUACUUCAGCCGCGUCGUUCCUCCCGAUAAUUUCCAGGCGAUGGCGAUGGUGGAGAUGGUGAGGGCGCUCGGCUGGAAGUACGUCUCCACGCUGGCCGAUGAGGGAGAUUAUGGAGAGAAGGGAAUCGCCUCCUUUACGAAGCUGGCGGAGAAGGCGGGCAUCUGCAUCGCCGUCGUCGAGAGGAUCCAGCGCAUCUCCAAGCCGGAGGACUUCGAUCUCAUCAUCGAGAGGCUGUCGACGAAGCCCCAGGCAAGAGUCGUCAUCAUGUUCGUCGACGAAGAUAACACCAGACGCCUCCUCGCCGCGGCAGUGAAGGCGGAGAAGGUGGGCCAGUUCCUGUGGGUGGGAAGCGACUCCUGGGGGGCUAAGAUCCACCCCGUCAGAGACCAGGAGGAGGCCGCCCUCGGUGCCAUCACUAUCCUGCCGCGGAGGUCGUCGCUCUCAGGGUUUGACGCCUACCUGCGGUCGCUGCGGCCCAAGCGACGCGGCACGCCCUGCCUCGCGCCCGGCCCCGGCCCCGGCCUCCAGCGCAACUGCCGCAACGUGUGGUUCAAGGAGUUCUGGACGCAGCACUUCAACUGCACCUUCAGGGAGCGCCUUCCCCCCGGGCGGAAGGCGUGCACGGGCAACGAGACCAUCACCCACGAGCAGGAGGGACUCGUGCCCUUCGUAGUGGACGCAGUAUACGCCAUGGCCCACGCUCUGCACACCCUGAUUCAAGAUAAGUGUGGGAAUCUCACUCUGUGUGAUGCAGUGUUGCCGUCUCCAUCGGGCCAAGAGAUGCUGCAGUAUAUCAGGAACGUGUCGUUCAUAGGUCAGCAAGGUCGCGAGGUCAAGUUCAACACGGACGGCGAUGCUCCGGGCAGUUACUUCAUCUAUCAGUACCAGAAGGUCAGCGAAAAAUCCUACGAUUACGUCCGCAUCGGCAGCUGGACGGAGAGCCUGCAGUUGAACGUCGACAAGCUCAAAUGGACGCGAGGACAGAGGGAGAAUCACACCCACCCCUUGUCCAUCUGCUCCACCGCGUGUCCAGCUGGCCACAUAAGGAACUUCCAGGACUCCUGCUGCUGGAGCUGCGUGCCGUGCCCUGAGGACUCGAUCAUUCACAACGACACCUGCCAACCCUGUGCCCUCGGCUGGGCUCCGACGCCGGAUAAGGUCUCGUGCUAUAAGCUCUCCCCCGAGCAUAUCACGUGGGAUUCUGCGUGGGCCAUCGUGCCUCUGGUCUUCAGCGCCCUGGGCCUCCUGUGCACCCUCCUCACCACCAUCACCUUCAUCCGGUUCAACACGACGCCCGUGAUCAUGGCGAGUGGGCGGGAACUGUGCUACGUCCUCCUCUUUGGCAUCGCCCUCUGCUACCUCAUGACGUUCAUUAUCCUCGCCCCGCCCUCUACGCCCACCUGCGCCCUUCUGCGGGUGGGACUCGGCCUGGGACUCUGCAUCUGCUACUCCGCCAUCUUCACCAAGACGAAUCGGAUUUCGAGGAUCUUCAACCGAGGCAUCAAGUCUAUCAAGAGGCCGUCGUACACCUCCCCGCGCUCGCAGAUCGUCAUUUGUCUGGGCCUUGUGGGCGUGCAGUUCGUGGGCGUCGUGGCAUGGCUGCUGGUGGAGCGUCCUGCGACCAAGGAGGUCUACCCAUACCGCCUGGUCGCCGUGCUCACCUGCGGCAUCUCCAAUAUAUCGCUGAUCCUCUCGCUCGGCUACAACAUGGUCCUGAUUCUGCUGUGCACAGUCUACGCUUUCAAAACACGCAAGAUCCCUGAGAACUUCAACGAGGCUAAAUACAUCGGAUUUACUAUGUACAGCACCUGUAUUGUGUGGCUGGCUUUCAUCCCCAUCUAUUUUGGCACCAAUAAUGAUUAUAAGAUCCAGCUCGCCAGCAUGUGUAUGUGUGUCAGCAUCAGCGCCUCCGUAAGCCUGGGAUGCCUCUUCACCCCAAAGGUUUACAUAGUCAUCUUCCAGCCUUACAAGAACGUGCGUCAGGGCUCAGGUCCCGUUAAGGGUUCACAGAGCAAAAGCUACGGUCAGAGCAUGCGCUUCACCUCGCGGUCCCAGACGGCGCAGUCGGUGCUCUCCACCAACCACUCUCUGCUGGCUGCGCCGCCCCCGUCUACGGUGAGCCAGCAGGUGAACGGGGACUCGCUCACGGUCACCACCCCGAGCGUGGACGAGACAUCCAUAACCUAG